AUCACUUGCGUAGGUUGAGAUAUCCAUUGUGAAGCGUGAUCCGGAAUUUACACCACUUCCGGUUAAAUCUGGGGAAAACAUGGCAAGCAAUAAAGUGGAAGAUAUUCGUGAAAAAGUGAAGAUACAAGGAGAAAUAGUACGCCAAUUGAAGUCUUCAAAUGCUAGUAAAGACAGGAUUGGGGAAGAGGUUGCUAAGCUAUUGGAGCUGAAAGCACAAAUCGGAGAUGAAGCACCAAAGAAAUUCACACUCAAAACACCUAAGGGUACUAGGGACUAUAACCCGCAGCAGAUGGCCAUAAGAGAGGGGGUUCUUAAGACUAUUGUAGCAGCAUUCAAACGUCAUGGAGCAGAAACUAUAGAUACACCAGUGUUUGAGUUAAAAGAUACAUUAACUGGUAAAUAUGGCGAAGACUCCAAGCUGAUAUAUGAUCUGAAAGACCAGGGUGGAGAAAUUCUUUCUCUACGAUAUGAUCUCACUGUUCCAUUUGCCCGUUACCUAGCCAUGAGUAAAGUUAGCACAAUCAAAAGAUAUCACAUAGCAAAGGUCUACAGACGUGACAAUCCAGCAAUGACACGUGGACGUUAUAGGGAGUUUUAUCAAUGUGAUUUUGACAUUGCUGGCCAAUACGACUCUAUGAUUCCCGAUGCAGAGUGUAUAAAAAUAGUAGCAGAAAUACUCAGUCAACUGAAGUUAGGCGACUUUGUCAUAAAGGUGAAUCAUCGUAAACUUUUAGAUGGAAUAUUUGCAGCUUGUGGUGUUCCAGAGGAUAAAUUCCGAACUAUAUGUUCUGCAGUUGAUAAGUUAGAUAAAACAUUCUGGGAAGAUGUAAAAGCAGAGAUGGUUGAUGAAAAAGGAUUGGAUUCUGAAUCUGCAGAUGCAAUAGGAAACUAUGUCAGACUAAAUGGUGGCCUUGACCUUAUAGAACAAUUAGAGGCUGAUCAGGUUUUAUGCGCACAGAAGGCAGCUGUUGAAGGUUUAAAAGAUAUGAAACAACUACUAAACUAUUGCCAACUAUUUGGAGUGCUAGACAAUGUGUCAUUUGAUCUUAGCUUAGCAAGAGGAUUAGACUACUACACAGGAGUUAUAUAUGAAGCAGUCUUAAAAGAUGCGCCAGAGGAGAAUGGUACAAAAAGUAAAUCUGGGAAAAAAGAGGAUGAAGUUGGAGUUGGGAGUAUAGCAGGAGGUGGUCGCUAUGACAACCUUGUGGGUAUGUUUGACUCUAAGGGGCGUAAGGUUCCCUGUGUGGGGGUCAGCCUGGGGGUGGAGAGAAUCUUCUCAAUUAUGGAGGCCAAGGCAAAGAAGUCCAAAGAAAAGACAAGAACUACUGAAACGGAAGUUUAUGUGGCCACAGCACAAAAAGGUCUCAGUGAUGAGAGGAUGAAGAUAUGUGCUGAACUAUGGGAUAACGAUAUCAAGUCAGAACAACCAUAUAAGCUGAACCCUAAGCUGUUACAACAGCUGCAGCACUGUGAAGAAAUGGCCAUCCCUUUAGCGGUUGUGAUUGGCCAAUCAGAAAUUGAGAGUGGAAUUGUGAAGAUACGAAACAUCCCAUCAAGAACUGAGAGAGAGGUUCCUCGGGCAGAUAUGGUUGCAGAACUUCGGAAAGAUCUGGAAUCUCUUCAAUCAACUGCUUCCCAAUGAUUCUAGAACACAUUUAUCCAUUCUCAAUCAGCCAAUCACAAUCUCUCUUGUGUGGUCGUGGUGUACACAUAAAAUAUCGGAUAAAAGGAGAUCCCAUUGAAGAAUCUCCAUUGAUAUUGUAAGAAUAGAAAUGCCAAGCCAUCUAUCUAUAGUACUGUUAUGCAUUAAGAUUUGUACUCUCAGCAACGAGCGCUAAUUCUGUUCUUCACCAAAAAACAAUGCUACGUUAUCAGAACUAAAUGGACAAUGUGAAUUGUGAAUAUAUGUAGUAUAAUAAAUCAGUUGAAACUGUCCAUGCUUUUGACAUCUGAGAUAUUAUGUAAUUGUCAGUGAUUCACUCUACUAUACCUAACCCCUAGAAAUGCAUAAGAUACUCUGUUUGUCCAAUUGUAUUGUUUAGUAUAUUUUUGAAAGUACCUUAUUAACAUCUAACAUCAUCCGAUAAACCAUUCAUAAGGAACAGACAAAUAAAAACAAAUAACCUAAUCAUUACUAAUAAGCCAAAUGGGUUGCUUAUGAACACCAAAUGCAAGG